AUUUGUAUAAUUUCUUGUAGGUUGUUCGGUUUCAGCUCAUGAACUUACUAAUAAAAUUAUUAGGAUUUCUUAUUAGGAGCUAAUCAUCAAUAAAAAGAGCUGCAAGAAUAUUCUGACAUUAACUCCCCACGCCACAGCCCUAGUAACCCGCACCAUCACCAUAUUCAUUUGAUCCAUCUCAAAUCAAUUCAAGCUGUUUAGUUUUAGCAGUGUUAGGUACGGCAGGCAAGGUGCCUAAUCCAUGGCCGCGUGGACCCAAUCCUAGACCGGGGGGGGGGGGGGGGUGUGGUUCCAAAUUCUAGUAUUUAAUAAACAACAACAUAUCCUGUUUGUAUUGUACUAGGGUCGAUUACAUGAAUUUUAAUAUUUAAUAAAUUUAAUUUUAAUAAAUAAUUAACUUUUAACGUAGAAUUUCAAUGAAUAAAUUAGUCUCCACUGUCCAUCUAAGAAAGCCCUGCAAUUCGGGCACCUGUUCUCUCUCUGUUUGGUAGCGUGACACUGCCCCUAAAACUACGUCAGAGCCACAGAAGUCACGAGCCUCUGCCUAGCACCCCUAAAGUUUGGUCCUUUUGCACAAUACUGGCAGGAAAACUGCAAAAAUUUGUAUCUCUAAACUCCAAUUAGCGGUACUACUCUUUAGUUUAAUAAUAAUAUUGUUGGUGUUGGUGGUGCUAGGGUUAGAUCUAUGGUCUUCAAAACCAGUCAAAAAGGUCCCCUCCCUCUCUCUCUCUCCCACUUCACAUGGGACCCCUGAAGAAGAUAAUAACUCUGCAAUACAAGUCUGGGACGGGGACCCCCUUCGCCGUUGCAAAACAACCAUAAAUAAGAAAACCCAGAUUGUAUUGUUUUGGCAUUGGGAUCUUCUCCACCCACCAAAAUAUGACCACUACAUGAAUAUAAUAAAAACCCAUAACCCAUUCCAUAAAGAAACGCUCGCUAACCUAUUGCUGCCGUCGCCUUCACGAGAUCUCCAUUUCGCCCCACCUUCCCCUCCCACUCCUUGGAUAAAGGGAUUCUCCUUUGACCCCAAAACACCACCCACGAGAGGGCCUUUGUUUGUUUAGGGUACAAGUACACGCAAUGCAGACCAAGCCAGGGCACAUUGCCCGUAAUUUAAUCCGUUAUCAACGACUUUAUGUUCACGUAAACGUUGUCCCAUGAAACCAAACCAAGAGUUCCCCAAACCCAUCUUUUAUAUGCUCCCACAAUUACCAUACCACUGGUGCCUCCGCGACCAACAAGAAUGUUCAGUCCGCCGGAGCCGGAGUCACCGAAGCGGAGUUUGAGCCCGGUGAACAGCCUCCUUCGGAGCGUUCUCUCUUACGACGGGAACAUCAUGCUCGCUGCCAUCAUAUCUCUGCUCCUCGUACUCCUCUUCGUUCUGCUACUCCAUGUCUAUGCCAAGUGGUUCCUAGAACACACCCGCCGCCGGAGUAGUACCGGGACAUCGGCAUCCGUUCUGGGUGCGGCUCGUUUCCACCAUUUCAAUACCUUGACGUUCGAUACCAGCCUGUCGUCUUCCCCGAGCAAGGGGCUCGAGGCUUCGGCCAUUGCUGCAUUACCCGUGUUCGUGUACAAGCCCGACGAGCACAAGCAUGGAUUGGAAUGUGUCAUUUGCCUAACCGUGUUCGAGGAGAAAGAGGUCGGCCGGAAGCUGCCCAAGUGCGGCCAUGCCUUCCACGUCGAGUGCAUCGACAUGUGGCUACAUUCCCACUCGAGCUGCCCCAUUUGUCGGGCUCCGGCAGGAAUGGCCGGCGAGAAUAAGAUCGUGGAGAUGAAUUCUAUGCAAGAGUCGGGGAGGCCGGAGAAUGAUGGGGAGUCGGUGUUGGAGAUCGUGGUGGAGGUACCGAGUCCCGGCCGUGGCGAGAAUGAGAGUGAAACGGUGGGAGUGAGCGAUUCGUUGUCGGCGUGUUCGUCGUCGUCCUUGUCGUCGCAAGCGGCGGCGCUGGGUGGGUCUCUGAAGAGAAUGCUGAGCAGGAACCGAUCUGAACACAAAGUUCAUCCGUCGGCGAAUGCGAAUGAGUUAUCGGAGGAUUGAAUUGUCCGAGUUGUAUAUACGCUUCGUUGAUCUUGAUCAUAUAUAUAUAUAUAUAUGUAUAAUAUAGUUUGUCAAUGCUUAUACCGAUCUCAUCAGUUUCAUCAGAAAUCGCUUAUCGAACAGUGCCGAAUUGAGUAGUAACUAGUAUUCAGCUUCGUUCCGGCACAGUCAGUUCAAUGAUACUGAUGGAACUACCGAUAAUCCUUUUUCUUUUUGGGAUAGAAACUACUGAUAAUUCUAGCAGUCUGAUAGAACAAACUAUUAUCAUUGUAAGGGCAAAUAGCCAAAAAAAAAAAAAAUAAAAAAUAAAACUUUUCAUGAAUUUAUAAAUUUAUUUAAACGUUUUAAUUUUGAUAAUUUUAUCAUAAUUAAAUUGGGUGCAAUUUUAUCUAAUUCCUAAAAUUAAAAUGCAUGUGUUAUUGUUGAUGUUAUUUGUCAUAAAAAAUAAUGAGUGAAAUUUA